UUCUGCUAGUAUGAAUGCCACAGCUGCUUCAAAACUAUUGCAAGCAAGUGGGAUGUCAUCGGGAAGUCAAUCUUCCACUGCAAAUUCAUUUAAGGGCAACAUUGGUUCGCCCCAAAGGGAAACCAAUUCAGUGUCUGGGGAUACUUCUUCGGUAUGCUCUGAUGACGAAAAUCAUAGCAACUCGGAGGUCAACUGCAGCAUACAGUCACUUCCAGAAUUUCGGUCGUCUGUGCUGGAGGGAGAAAUGUUGCCUGCUGUGUCUACUAGAUCAGUGGAUGAGAAAACUGGCAAUAAGGGUGCUGUAAGAAGUAGUGGGGACAGUUUGAAAUUCCCCACAACACCUUUCUCACGUUCUCUUAACCCGUCAUUAUCAGGCAGUGAGCAUUUACUAAAUCAUUCCAUAAGGGGCAGUGAGAAGCAUGUGACUUCUCUUGUCAAGCAGUAUGCAAAUUCUGCAAAAGUUGGAGGUCUUUGUUUGCCCCCAGUAGCUCCGUGUCCAAAACCGGGGGUAGAUACAAAGAAAAGUAAAAAAGGUUCCAAUCAUCAGGAAAUCGUGCAUAGCCUGAGAUUGCUAUAUAAUCGUUAUCUGCAAUGGAGAUUUGCCAAUGCAAAAGCAGAAUCCUCAUUGAAAGCUCAGCAAGGAGAAAGUGAGAAAGCACUUUAUUCUCUGGCAUUGAAAAUGUCAGAGUUACGUGAUUCUGUGAACUUGAAACGCUUAGAAGUGCAGCUUUUGCAGAGAGCAAAGACUUUGUUAAUAAUUCUUGAAGCUCAAAUCCCUCAUUUGGAUGAGUGGUCCUCUUUAGAAGUAGAGUAUUCUAUCUCCUUGACUGAAGCAAUCGAGGCAUUGUUGAAUGCCUCAGUGCAACUUCCAGUAGGUGGGAAUGUGAAGGUUGAUGCAAGGGAGGUGGGGGAGGCGAUAAACUCAGCCAUGAAGAUGAUGGAAUCAAUUGUUUUCCAUGUCCAAAGAUUUACAUCACAGGUUGAAGAAACGGACCUAUCUAUUUCAGAAUUAGCCAGGGUUGUUGGUGGAGAAAGAGCUUUUAUUGGAGAAUGUGGAAGUUUAUUGGCAAGGGCAUAUAAAUCACAGGUGGAAGAGUGCAGUUUGAGGAGCCAACUUAUGCAAAUCCAUUCAACCGGCCACAAAGCUAAAACAGUAGAAUUAUAAGCACAAGAUAUUUUCAUUCUUGGUCCAUACUGUGGUUGUCCUUGCGAUGCUGCUAUUCUACUUAUUCAAUAUGACAUCCACCGAGAGAAAGUAAUCACAGCUGAAUUGUGGUCUGUGCAUAUAUGUGAUGCUGAUUUGUUCAUAGCUGAAGAGACGGAAUCAACAGUACGAGAAGCCAUAUGGAUCUAUUUCUCUUUUUUGUGUUUGGAGAUGAUCCAUUCACUCAUUUGUGGAUAAGUGAGAUAUGUUUGAGCUGUGUUUAUAGUUGCAAUGCAUGUGCAGAGCUCA